UUCAUUCUGUCGCCAUGGCGCUACCAUGGGCCUUCGUCCUCCUCCCUUCCCUAUUCUUCCUCCCCUCAUGUGUAUCAAACUUCUUCUCCAGCAACAUCAGCAAUGGGGGUGGAGGGAGAUGCUCCCUCUGUCCACAGUCUCCAGAGGUCUCCUUUUGUCCACUGCCUCCAGAGGUCUCCCGCUGUCCACAGUCUCCAGAGGUCCCCUCCAUUUUCAGCACGAGGUACAAGACUGCCUACCACUUCCGGCCUCCCAGGAACUGGAUCAAUGAUCCAUGUGGACUAAUGUACUACAAAGGCAUCUACCAUAAUUUCUACCAGUAUAACCCCCACUGCGCCCUUUGGUGUUGGGGUGACAUAACUUGGGGCCAUUCGGUUUCAACAGACCUUGUCAACUGGAUCGAGCUUGAACCCGUGAUAGAACCGGAUAACCCCAGUGACAUAGACGGUUGCUGGACCGGUUCAGCCACAAUUCUGUCUGGUGGUCAACCGGUCAUCUUAUACACCGGUGGCAGUAGAGACAAGUGUCAGGUCCAAAACCUUGUGCUUCCCAAGAACCCGUAUGACCCGUACCUGAGAGAAUGGACCAAAACCGGCAAUAACCCAGUGAUCCAACCGGUAGUACCUGGUUUGAAUAGAAGUCAAUUCAGGGAUCCGACGACCGGUUGGAUCGGACCAGAUGGACUAUGGAGAAUAGCAGUUGGUGCCGAGCUGAAAGGCUACACUGCUGCACUGUUGUACAAGAGUGAAGACUUUCUGAGUUGGACAAUAGUUGGUCACCCACUGUAUUCACAGAACUCAUCCAAUAUGUGGGAGUGCAAUAUGUGGGAGUGCCUGGAUUUCUUUGCGGUAUUGCCGAGCAAUAACAGUGGACUGGACAUGUCCGUAGCGAUCCCAAGAGGCGCCAAGCAUGCCCUCAAAAUGAGCAUGGGUUACUUUGACAAGUACUUGAUUGGGGUGUAUGAUCUCAAACGUGAUGCCUUUGUGCCAGAUGCUAUCGUAGAUGACUGUCGGCUGUGGUUGAAGAUCGAUUACGGCAAUUUCUAUGCUUCGAAGUCAUUCUUCGACUCGAAAAAGGGCAGGAGGAUCAUAUGGGGUUGGUCUAAGGAAGCAGAUUGUCGUUCAGAUGAUGUUGCAAAAGGUUGGGCAGGAAUCCAUACAGUCCCGAGGACGAUUUGGUUAGACAGUGAUGGCAAGCAGUUGCUGCAAUGGCCAGUUGAUGAGAUUGAAUCCCUUCGAACAAAUGAAAUCAACCAUCAAGGACUAGAGCUCAACAAGGGAGAUCUGUUUGAGAUCAAUGGAGUUGACAAUUUUCAGGCGGAUGUGGAGAUAGAUUUUGAGUUGACGUCCAUCGAUGACGCCGAUCCUUUUGAUCCUUCAUGGCUUUUGGACACCGAGAAGCAUUGUUGUGAAGCAGGUGCAUCGGUUCAUGGUGGUGUAGGGCCAUUUGGACUUGUUAUUCUGGCCUCCAACAACAUGGAGGAGCACACUACCGUGCACUUCAGAGUCUACAAGUCACAGCAAAAGUUCAUGAUACUCAUGUGCUCUGAUCUAAGAAGGUCUUCCAUGAGACCAGGACUCUGCACACCAGCCUAUGGACGCUUCUUUGAAUUUGAUCUUGAAAAGGAAAGGAAAAUAUCUUUGAGAACUCUGAUUGAUCGAUCUGCGGUGGAGAGCUUUGGUGGUGGUGGCAGUGUCUGCAUCACGGCUAGAGUUUAUCCGGUGUCGCUUGUCGAUGACGGCGGGGCCCAUAUGUAUGUCUUCAACAAUGGAAGUACCAUGGCCAGGGUGCCGCAGCUCAGGGCAUGGAGCAUGAGGAAAGCACAAGUGAAUGUGGAGAAGGGUUGAAGUGAUUGUUAGCAAAUAAGAGCAAUUUCAUUUUCUUGAAUUGUUUACCCUGAUUCAUGAGCACUCUUGGGCAGAAAUAAGGAAAUUGAGCACUCUUUAGUAUUGCCUCCGUUUUAUAAUGUAGUGCAUACAUAUUAUUAUUUUCAAAAGUCAACCUUUAUAAACUUUGAUCAAGUUUAGA